CCUGCCGGAAUAUGGGUGGUAAAAACACAGCGUGCUCCAGCAGAGAAUCCACAUCAAAGCCGAAUAGCAGCGAUGGGAGCCGCUCAAGAUCAACAGUGAGAUUCUCCUUUAGACUGAGGUCCGAUAAAGAGAAGCAGCCGGAGUCGCAGAGGGAAAUCCAUACUCCCGUUGCCAUGGCACCGCACCCUGUGGUCCAGGCCAUAAUAGACCUGUCGGCUGGAGCCGUAGGUGGUGCAGCGUGUGUCUUCAGCGGUCAGCCGCUGGACACGGCAAAGGUGAAGAUGCAGACGUUCCCGGGGCUUUACCGCGGCUUCCUGCACUGCUUCCUGUCCAUCUACAGGCAGGUGGGGCUGAAGGGGCUCUACCAGGGCACCAGCCCCGCCCUCAUGGCCAACGUCGCUGAGAACUCCGUCCUCUUCAUGAGCUACGGCUUCUGCCAGGAGGUGGUGCGCUUCACCUGCAGCCUGGAGAAAGGGGCAGCCCUCAGUGAUAUGCAGAAGGCGUGUGCGGGUUCUGUGGCCUCUGUGUUCUCCUCUUUGGUUCUCUGCCCCACUGAGCUGGUGAAAUGCAGACUGCAGGCCAUGCACGAGAUGGCAGCGUCCGGCCGGAUCGCCACCGCCCAGAACUCUGUGUGGUCUGUUGUAAAGUCGAUCGCCCAGAAUGAGGGUCCUACAGGGUUUUUCCAGGGUCUGACCACCACCAUAGCCCGCGAAGUGCCCGGAUAUUUCUGCUUUUUCGGGGCGUACGAGCUCUGCCGCACGUUCUUCGCCGACCACCUGCGCUGCAGUAAAGAUGAUAUAGGCGUGGCCCCCAUUGUGUUUAGUGGUGGUUUAGGUGGUGCGUGUUUAUGGUUGGUGGUCUACCCGAUGGACUGUGUGAAGUCCAGGAUCCAGGUGAUGUCCAUGACGGGCAGACAGGCCGGCUUCUUCAAGACCUUCAUGCACAUCUUCAGGACGGAAGGCGUCAGAGCUCUGUAUUCCGGACUCACUCCCACUAUGAUCCGAACGUUCCCGGCUAACGGAGCGCUCUUCCUGGGAUACGAGGCCAGUCGUAAACUCAUGAUGUCACAGUUUGACAGUUAACGUUAAAUCCAGUGUUAAAUCCUUCGUUAAAUCCUACGUUGAAUCUCUCAUGUUAACUCCAGCUGCUGUUUCCUAUCUAGAGCCCCAAAGUAACUCCCUCUGUUUCACCUGUGCUGUGGAAAUCACUCCGUUCUACUUUCGGUUUUAUUUAUUAUUGUUUUAGACGUUUCUCCAGUGCGGUGACUGACCGCCUUGUUUCCGUUCUGCACACGAGUUCUGUUAAUACUCCAGCAUAUCAUCAGUUAGAUCAGUAUUAGUACGUUUAUUUAGCUUUGUUCUAAGCAGAACCAACCCAGGAUGUUCUAUGGUGCCAUUUUAACUCCAGUUGUGCUCUUUGCUGAGCACGUUCCACUCCACGCAUGUCUUAUGUUCAUCUCAGCGUAUUAAACUGUGUGAAACACUACAUUUCACUAACACUUUCCUUUACAGUCCCCUAUGUUCUAGAUAUUAACCAGGGAAGUAAGAAGUACUCCAGAGUACACUCUUAAAAAGAUGUUUCUGUAAGGUGAUGACAAUGGU